AUGACCUGCCUCGCGAGACCUCUCGCGCGCUGUCUGCGCAACCCCAUCACAGCCGCGCGCAUCGCCAUCCCAUCAUUCUCCUCCUCCUCCUCUUUAUCGUCCUUCUUUUCUAAAUCUUCGAUCCGCCGCGCCUCGACCGCCAUCCCAGACACACACCAUGCACCUCCCUCACCACACCCGCAUUCAUCCUCCAGCACCACCCCCACGAAUUCCUCGAACACAUCUCUCGAAUCGCAAACAGACGACCUCAUCGCCCGCCUCCCCCUCGUCCAAUCCCUUCGCUCAAACCCGUCAUACAAGGAGUCGCGCCCCCACAGAACCAUGAACCCCUCGCUUCAGCCGACGCACUUCGUCGCCGGCUCCCUCUCAGGCCCCGGCAUGGUCACCGUGCCGCCGUUCAUGUGGAUGGCAACGGAGAAGCACGCCGCCAACAAGACCCUCACCAGCCGCGUCGUGUCGAUCUUCCAUGUCGGCGCCCAGCUCUGCGGUCACCCGGGCUUCGUGCACGGCGGGCUCCUGAGCGUCAUGUUCGAUGAGGCGUUUGCGCGGUGCGUGUCGGCGUGCUUUCCGAGCGGGCUCGGCAUGACGGCGAAUUUGAAUGUCGAUUUCCGGAAACCUGCGAUGCCGGAUCGUGUGUAUGUGUUGCGCGCGGAGACGGAAACCGUUGAGGGGAGGAAGGCCUGGGUGAAGGGUACGUUGUGUUCGAUGCCUGGGCAGGGGGAGGAUGGGGAGCCGGUGUUGGUGGCCGAGGCGAAGGCGUUGUUUGUCGAGCCGAAGUUUGCAGAGUCCAUGGUGCCACUGUAUCGCGGUUGA